CUGAGUCUGAGUGAAGGGAAGACCCGUGCCUCCUGCCCGCAAAGAGGAAAAGGGCCAACAUGUACGUGCCCGACAGCCUCCGUGACCUGGCCGAUAGCGAAGUGGUCCAGUUUGUGAAGAAACCAAAGACUAUAUCCCGGAUCUUUGCUGGGGUCUUCUCGCUCAUUGUUUUUGCCACGCUGCUGACUGACGGCUACCAGAACCUGACCAGCUCUUCGCAGCUGCACUGCGUCCUCAAUGACAACAGAGUGGCCUGCAGCUUUGCAGUGGUCACCAGCCUCCUGGCAUUCCUAGGCUGCCUGCUCUUCCUCACCCUGGACAGCCUGGCGGCCCGCAUCACCAGAACCCGCCUGAAGACCACGGUCUUGCUGCUGGACUUCUCGCUCUCUGUCAUCUGGGUCGGAGUCUGGUUCGUGGGCUUUUGCUUCCUGGCCAACCAGUGGCAGCGCUCACCCCCUCACCACUACCUUCUGGGCAACAGCAGCGCCAAGGCAGCCAUCGCCUUCUCCUUCUUCUCCAUCCCUGUCUGGAUGGCCCUGGCAUACCUGACACUCCAGGACCUCCGCAGCGACUCGCCCGUCCCCUACAAGCGCUCCCUGGAUGAGGGUGGCGUGGCUCUGACGACCACCACCAACAUGGGACCCAACAGCCUGGGCUACUCCAGCUCCAUCCCGCCCCCAUAUCCAACCACUCCCAAGGCGGCUCGCCUUACCAUGAUGAAUGACAACUGAGGCCACUGUCGGUUAUUAAAGAAACUUUCUCUUCCUCCCACGGAGGUGUUUGGGAAAACCUGAGCCUGCCAUGUCUCAUCCAUCCAUCCCUCGAUCAAAACCAGCCCUUUCUUGUUUCAGGGAAAGGGGAAGGGAGAAGGGUGUUGUUUGGGAUGACAAAGUGGGGUCUCUCCUCGUCCCCUUGACUUGCCUCUGGGGCAGCCACACAGACCUCCAUAACUCCAGAGAAAUGCACUUAUUUCUUCUAAGGAAAAGUCAGUGAACUAGCUGUUUGGCCACAGGAAAGUUACCAAGUUCUUCUAGCCUCAGUCUCCUCUUUAAAAGGGGAGACUCAUUCUGGCAUGACUUCAUUCACAGAGUUGUCUGAAGGGUACCAAGAACAUUAAUGUCCACAGGAAUGGGAUUCAGUAAUUAGGGCCUUCAGAAGCCAGACUUUGCACAGGUCGUCCUGGGGCAGCCUCACUCCAUCCUCGGGGAUGCCAGCCAGGGCUGGAAGGCCCCGCCAAGUUCACAUACACACAAGCCCACCCUGUG